UUAAUCUGCCGAAAUAAUUGAAAUGACCUGUGCAGGUGUUCCUUAAGUGUACAGGGCCUUUAAGACUUGCUUGAAGAGAUUUUUUUUAGUAUUUCGGGUUGUUAGCCUUGCUACUGUGGCUUCAGGCUAGCAGGUUUCCUGCUGUCCAUGUGCAGAAUGUCUGCUAGAGCUAGGGCCAGAAGUUUAUGUUUCAUGUUACGUGUUUUGCUGCUACAGUGAAACUGAAUUGAUGACGUGUGAAAUGGAUGUGACAGAAUCUUCAAGAAACGUCACAGACUGUCAGAUGAUGGGUAGAGGCCAUGCAUCGCCGGCACACCACACUGAGAGAGAAGGGGCGUCGCCAGGCAGUGCGGGGCCCGGCCUACAUGUUCAAUGAACGUGGCUCAGCCCUCACUGCAGAGGAGGAGCGUUUUCUGGAUGCUGCAGAAUACGGAAACAUUCCUGUAGUCCGCAAAAUGCUGGAAGAGUCCAAAACACUUAACUAUAAUUGUGUGGACUACAUGGGCCAGAAUGCUUUGCAGCUGGCAGUGGGCAAUGAGCACCUAGAAGUGACCGAGCUGCUUCUAAAGAAGGAUGGUUUGGCUAGGAUCGGGGAUGGCCUGCUUUUGGCUAUCUCCAAGGGUUAUGUUCGAAUCGUUGAAGCCAUUCUCGCCCACCCUGCUUUUGGCGGAGGACUCCGACUUGCUUUGAGUCCUCUUGAGCAGGAGAUGCGAGAUGACGACUUUUACGCUUAUGACGAGGAUGGAACGCGCUUUUCACAUGACGUCACGCCCAUCAUCCUGGCUGCUCACUGCCUGGAGUACGAGAUUGUCCACAUCCUUUUGACGAAGGGGGCCCGUAUAGAAAGGCCACAUGACUAUUUCUGUAAGUGUUCAGAAUGUAUCGAGAAACAGAAGCAAGACUCGUUCAGUCACUCACGCUCCAGGAUGAAUGCAUAUAAGGGCCUGGCCAGUGCAGCUUACCUGUCACUCAGCAGUGAAGACCCUGUGCUGACCGCCCUCGAGCUCAGCAAUGAACUGGCAAGACUGGCCAACAUUGAGACAGAGUUUAAGAAUGACUACCGUAAGCUGUCCAUGCAGUGUAAGGACUUUGUGGUGGGUGUGUUGGACCUUUGUCGGAACACAGAGGAAGUGGAGGCCAUACUGAACGGUGACGUGGACCAGUGCCCUCCAACCGCCUACAACCGACCCUGCCUCAGCCGUGUCAUACUGGCCAUCAAGUACGAAGUCAAGAAGUUCGUUGCCCAUCCUAACUGUCAGCAGCAGCUGCUGACUAUCUGGUACGAGAACCUGCCUGAUAUGAGGCAGCAGUCCAUUGGAGUGACGUGCUGGACAGUGCUGGGGAUCACCGUAGGUUUGCCCUUCUUGGCCAUUGCCUACUGGAUAAUGCCAUGUAGCAAGCUUGGUCAGAUCCUGCGAAGCCCCUUCAUGAAGUUUGUGGCCCACGCUGUCUCCUUCACCAUCUUCUUGGGUCUGCUGGUUGUCAACGCCUCCGACCGCUUUGAGGGUGUCAAGAACCUGCCCAAUGAGACCAUCACAGAUCACCCGCGACAGGUGUUCAGGGUCAAGACCACCCAGUUUUCCUGGACUGAGAUGUUGAUCAUGAAGUGGGUGUUGGGUAUGAUUUGGUUGGAAUGUAAGGAGAUCUGGAGCGACGGGCCCAGAGAGUACGUCAUGCACCUGUGGAACGUUCUGGACUUUGGCAUGUUGUCCAUCUUUGUGGCGUCCUACACGGCACGCCUCAUGGCGUUCCUCAAGGCGUCCAAAGCCCAGCAGUAUGUGGACAUGCACGUACCAGACGAAGACCUCAGCAACGCUUCGCUACCUGACGAAGUCGCCUACUUCACUUACGCCAGGAACAAAUGGCGCCCCUCAGACCCCCAGAUCAUCUCAGAAGGCCUGUACUCCAUCGCUGUGGUGCUGAGCUUCUCACGCAUCGCCUACAUCCUGCCAGCCAACGAGAGCUUCGGCCCACUGCAGAUCUCACUGGGGCGCACAGUCAAAGAUAUCUUCAAGUUCAUGGUCAUCUUUAUCAUGGUGUUUGUGGCCUUCAUGAUUGGCAUGUUCAACCUGUACUCGUACUACCUGGGAGCCAAGUACAACCCUGCCUUUACCACGGUGGAGGAAAGUUUUAAGACUCUUUUCUGGUCGAUCUUUGGCCUGUCUGAAGUGAUCUCAGUGGUGCUGAAGUACGACCAUAAGUUCAUAGAGAACAUCGGCUACGUGCUGUAUGGAGUCUACAAUGUCACAAUGGUGGUUGUCCUUCUCAACAUGCUCAUUGCUAUGAUCAACAGCUCGUACCAGGAGAUAGAGGAGGAUGCCGACGUAGAGUGGAAGUUUGCCCGAGCCAAGCUGUGGCUCUCCUACUUUGACGAGGGCCGCACCCUGCCCGCCCCGUUCAACCUGGUUCCCAGCCCAAAGUCCUUCUACUACCUGGUCCUCCACAUCAAGUCCUGCCUGAUACACCUCUGCAAGGCCAACAGCCGUCGCCAUAACAACGAGCUAGAGCUGGGCAUGCUCAACUCACAGGCAAAGGAUGAACGCUUCAGGACUUAUCCGCGCCCGGGAGAAGAGUUCAUUCCCAAAAAAUCUAUAAAACACCCGACCAGAUACCAGAAAAUCAUGAAGCGCCUGAUUAAGCGGUAUGUGCUCAAGGCUCAAGUGGACAGAGAGAGCGAUGAAGUCAAUGAAGGAGAGCUGAAGGAGAUCAAGCAAGACAUUUCCAGCCUCCGUUAUGAGCUCCUGGAGGAGAAGUCUGACGCCGCCGGAGAGCUGGCUCUGCUCAUCCAACAACUUGGCGACAAGUUUGGCAAGAACACCAUGAGACACUGACAGGACUCGCAAGAAGGAGAGAGAGAGAUGGAAGGGAGGGAGGAAGAUGUGAAAGAGUGAGGAGGUGGGGGGGCAGAGAGCCGGGUCAGGGAAGGUAUUUUUAAGAGCCUGAUAGGGAAAGAGGAAGAAAACAGGGAAAGUGGGAUGUUAAUGAGAUAGACAGGGAAGAAUGUGGAUGAGAAGCGUGAGAGAAACAAACUGGGCACAGUGAGUGAAAAUGUGCUAACCUAAAGCAAGAGGCAAGUGUUUUGUAUAUGCAAUGACCAAUUAGGGAGAAUUGUGAAAAGAUGAUAGCUGUGACUGCAAGGGUCAGAGGUGAAGUAAAUUCACUUGGUGGGGCUUUGUGUUGGGAGUGAGAGAGGAGAGGAAGACGCAGGCUUGCAGGCUGGGUGGCAGAUAGAGGGAGGAGAACACAAGCACCAGGCGAUAUGAAGAGGCACCACGGGGCAGAAGACUGAUGCAGCACAGCGAUGAGGGCCCCCACAUCCGCUGCCAAGAGACAUCAGUGCAUUACCAACUCGGAGGAGAGGAAGGGAAA